AUGGGAAGUGGAAUUAGUUCAGAGAGUAAGGAGUCAGCCAAAAGGUCAAAAGAACUGGAGAAAAAGCUUCAGGAAGAUGCUGAGCGAGAUGCAAGAACUGUAAAGUUGUUGUUAUUAGGAGCAGGAGAAUCUGGAAAAAGUACUAUUGUUAAACAAAUGAAGAUCAUCCAUAAGAACGGUUACAGUGAGCAAGAAUGCAUGGAGUUCAAAGCAGUAGUUUACAGUAAUACAUUGCAAUCUAUCCUAGCUAUUGUGAAAGCCAUGACCACUCUCGGGAUUGAUUAUGAAAAUGCCAGAAGUGCAGAAGACCAAAGACAACUCUAUGCGAUGGCCAAUACCCUGGAAGAUGGGGGGAUGACGCAGGACCUGGCGGAGGUGAUAAAGCGGCUGUGGAGAGAUCCGGGGAUUCAGGCCUGCUUUGAAAGGUCAGCUGAGUAUCAGCUCAACGAUUCGGCAGCUUACUACCUUAAUGAUUUGGACAGAAUAACGGCUCCUGGAUACGUUCCAAAUGAGCAAGAUGUUCUACAUUCUCGCGUGAAAACAACGGGAAUCAUUGAAACUCAGUUCUCCUUUAAAGACCUGCAUUUCAGAAUGUUCGAUGUUGGUGGACAGAGAUCUGAGAGGAAGAAGUGGAUUCACUGCUUCGAAGGAGUUACCUGCAUUAUAUUCUGUGCAGCACUCAGUGCCUAUGACAUGGUCCUAGUGGAAGAUGAAGAAGUGAACAGAAUGCACGAAAGCCUUCACCUGUUCAACAGCAUCUGUAAUCACAAGUACUUUGCCACCACCUCCAUUGUCCUGUUUCUCAAUAAAAAAGAUCUCUUUCAAGAAAAAGUCACCAAAGUACAUCUUAGUAUCUGCUUUCCAGAGUACACUGGGCCAAAUACAUUUGAAGAUGCAGGGAACUACAUCAAGAACCAGUUUCUAGACCUGAAUUUAAGAAAAGAAGACAAGGAAAUUUAUUCCCACAUGACCUGUGCUACAGAUACCCAAAAUGUCAAGUUCGUGUUCGAUGCAGUUACAGAUAUAAUAAUCAAAGAGAAUCUGAAAGAUUGUGGACUUUUCUAA